UUUAUAACUUAUGGAAUAUAAUGAAAAAUAGUUAGAAAAACCAAAAUGUGGAAAAUUAUUCUUUUUCUGUGCUUUGUAGUACGGAUAUCGAAGGGGCUAAUUAAAGGUAAUACUGCAGUUGUCCCCGAAGUGCCUCAAGACGUUGCAAUAAGUAAUAUCACCAGUUCAACAGUAGUCGCAGUCAUCACACCUCCAAACAAUACUCUAAUUGCUGUCACACAAUAUAUCAUAACAGUGAGACAAGAUAUCGAUGACUGCAAUUCAUUUAAUGACGCAAGUUGCCAUGAGAACGACCAGCAAACAUUCGCAGCUACAGCUGACAACAGAUACACAAUAACUGGCCUACAAGCCUACAGAAAAUACGUCGUCUCUGUGGUCGCCGUAUCUCUCGGUGGGAGAGGUGAAUCAAGUUCGAAUUUUACAUUUACUACAGCCGCUGGACGACCAAACCCUAUCUUUAAUGUAGUGACUGUAUCACUACCGGAAGUAAUUAUUGUGACGUUCAAUGCCGGAACCCCGAUUACUGGACCUACAUCUCAUGGAGUAAUCUUGAUAGCGCCCGAUAGAUCAACUCGGCAAGCGGGGGUUACAGCAUCAUUAUCAUCUUCGAUAUCUAUAACCGUUCCAAAUGUUGCAUAUAAUACUGUUUAUAAGCUUCAUAUUACAUCAACCGUGAACGAUGUUGGUUCAUCUCAAUUACCACCAGGAACAACCGUUACAUCAGUACCUUCAAGUCCGUUAUUCACCGUCGCACGUGAUAGUGAUGUUCAGCUUACACUGACAAUACAAGCUGUAGAUGGAGCAACAUCUUACUUGGUUUCAUAUAUACAGGCCAAUUGUCCCAACUGCACUGCUCAGACUGCAACGUCUACUGACACAACUGUUGUUCUGAGUGAACUCACAGCAUAUACAACAUACAGAAUAUCUGUAUUUGCUGUCUCCGCAGCUGGAACGAGUUCGGGAUCUACCUUAUCACAGCAAACAAGGGCAGGAAUUAACAACGUAUGUGAAGAAAAGCAUGUUGUAUUCAAUGAAGAUACUGGAGUAAUCACAAAAAUGAUUUAUAUAGUUACUCAAGAUGGAUCAACAGUCAGCAUUGAUUUAUCAAGAUUUUGGGCAACUUCUUCCCAAGAAGAUGUUUCUUCCCCUUAUGUUACCCUUACCGUUCCAUGCGAAAAUAACAGUAAUCGAAAAAGACGUGCUGUUGUGAACAAUGGUGUAGUUAUUGGUGCUGACAAUACUUGCCAAACGGGUACGAAUACAGAAUGCAAUGGACGAUUGAAACCAGACACAGCUUACACUAUACGAGUAUGUGGUGCGAAUGAAGAAAACAAUUCAGUUUGUACUAAACCGAGUGUAAUUGUAAAAACUGAUUCGGAGCCUCCAUGUAAGUAA